AUGUCCGACCUCGAAUCCUUCGACUUCAUCCCCCUCCACAUCGACCCCAAAUCCAAAGCCAUCAGCGCGGCCGCCCAGACCCCAGCAACCCGCGCACUCGAGGCCGAGCUCGCGUCGCUCAACGCGCUGCACCGCUCGCUGCACGGGCUCGACCCGCCGCACCUGGUCCCGCCCCCUCCCGUGCCCGUCAACCCCAAGCGCAGCGCCAACAUCGGCAAGCUGCGCGAGUCGGGCAACGCCGAGUACCGCAAGCAGCGCUACGCCGAGGCGGCCAAGUUCUACACGCUCGGCCUACAGAUGGCCCUCACCCGCGCCGCCUGGGAGCCCAGCCAGCUCGUGCGCGAGGAGCUGCACGCGCUGUACAGCAACCGCGCGCAGGCAAACAUGCACCUGGGCCUGUGGCCCGAGGCGGCGUCGGAUGCGGAGGCGAGUGUGGAGGCCAAGAGGCAGGGGAAUGCCAAGGCGUGGUUUCGGAGGGGGCGAUCGUUGGUAGAGAUGGGGCGGUUGGCGGAGGCGAGGGAGUGGGUUGCGAGGGGGCUGGAGUUUGAGGGCGAGGAGAAGGAGCUGAUUGAGUUGUUGAAGGAGGUGGAUGCGAAGUUGGAGGCAGAGAAGGUUAAGAGGGACUCUUGA